AUGUUUUCCAGACAUUACGAUCAGGAGGGUACAAAUGGAAGAAUGGAUGAUGUCGUGCCAACUCCUCAAAUAUCGAUAGAUGUUGAAGAUGCGGAUGAUGCAGCAGCAACCGGAUCGAAGACAUCCGUACCUUCAGGACCUCAACCACCUGUACCCACACCUCAUUCAUCUCAUAGUCAUCAUCCACAUCAUUCACAUCAUCCACCUAGUAGACAGCAUCAAUGGGCUCACGAUCAGAAUCGGAAAAAUAUGUCUUUUGAGAAGUCUGGACAUGCUACCCGAAAUGCAUCCGAAGACAGUAAGAACAUACGAUUUCGAGCUGAUGAUGCUCCACCACGCGGUGCCCGAAAACGAUCUCAUAAUAAACGGUUUCACGAUUUCAAACGGAGAUUAUCAGUGACACCUGACCAGUUGAAGAAACUUCAACAUGCAACUGACUUGGUGGCAUUGCCAUCUCAGCGUCUCCGCUAG